UAUUAAACUAUCAUCAAAAAUGGUUUCAAAAAAAAUAAAAGAAAAAAAUCAGUGAAAUAAAAGUGUGUCAGAAGGUCUUUCAAUCACAUGUCACAGUGUUAGUCACUUUUUUGUCUUUAGUUCAACACAAUAGAGGGAGUUUCAGUGACACAACAGCUCCAGCUCAAAUCCAUUCAUUCUCUCACUGGAUUCACACUGAGACUGAACUGCUGCUGUGAGACUUACAGAUAUCAGCCAAACCAACACAGAAAAAUGAACCCAGAACACACAGAGUCCGAUGAACCACCCGCUGUACAAGAGCUGAGGAUGGUGUUGAUUGGAAGAAGUGAAGCCGGAAAGAGUUCAAUAGGCAAUGUAAUACUGGGUCGAGAGGCAUUUAAAGAGAGCAUAACCAGAGAGAGUGAGAAACAGACAGGAAGAGUAGAAGACAGAAACAUCUCCAUCAUCGACACGCCAGGAUUCUUCAACACUCAACUGACUGAUGAAGAGAUGAAGAAGCAGAUGAUGAAGAGUCUGUAUCUCUCUGAUCCUGGUCCUCACGUGUUCCUGCUCGUCAUCAGACUCGACAGAUUCAUCGAAGAUGUGGUGAAGAUCGUAAAAAAGAUUUAUGAGCACUUUGGAAAGGACGCUUUCAGGUUCACAAUGGUGCUGUUCACGGGAAGAGAGGCGAUGUCCAAACGAGAAUGGAUCGAGUUCAGGCUGGGCAGAAAAACUAGAGAACUGCUGAGCUUCUGUGAAGAGAAAUGUCACGUGAUCAUUCAUAAAAACAAGAGAGAUGGGAAGCAGAUCGCAAGUCUGUUGGAGAACAUUGAUGAAGUGGUGAGGAAGAACGGACGAGAACAUUAUGUUAAAGAGAUCUACAUGAAGAACAGUCAAGAUGAGACGAGGACGAAACGAAAAGAUGGAAAAGAGAAGAUCAGUCAUGACAUGCAAAUAACAAGCCAAGAGAAAGAGAAGAACAGAGAAGACGACAACAGAGCAGAGCAACAAAUCACAGAAGAAGAAACACAAAACAGUGUUCAGAAAGAUCAAAGAGCAACAAAUGAGAGAGAGAAAGAUUCUCCAGAAGGAAAUCAAAGCUACCCAAAACAUGAAACAAGAUUGAUUGGGCAGGAGACGAAAAUGACACCAGAACAUAAUCCAAUAAAAGUGUCUGAUCUGAGGAUUGUUCUUCUGGGUAAAAGUGAAUCUGGAAAGAGCUCGACAGCAAACACCAUCCUGGGCAGAGAUGCCUUCGAAAUCAAUACGAGUCUCCCAUCAAGCAGUCAAACCUGUGAGAAACAAGAAGCAGGUGUUUGUGGAAGAAACAUCUCAGUGAUCGACACUCCUGGACUGUUUGAUCCCUCGAUGACGAGAGACCAAAUGCAGGCUGAAAUACAAAAGUGUGUAGAGAUGACGGAUCCUGGUCCUCAUGUGUUCCUGCUGGUCAUCAGACUGGACGACAGAUUCACAGAUGAGGAGAAAAACACAGUCAAAUGGAUUCAGGAGAACAUCGGAGAAGAUGCUAUUCAUCACACCAUCAUUCUGUUCACUCACGCUGAUAAUCUGAAGGGAACAUCAUUAGAUGAGUUUAUCAGAGACACUCCAGAUCUUCAGGGGUUUACUGAGGGUUUUGGUGGCAGAUUUCACUCAUUCGACAAUAAGAACAUAGAGAACCACUCUCAGGUCAAUGAACUGCUGGAGAAGAUUGAGAAGAUGCUGGAGAGAAAUGAAGGGAAGCACUACACCAAUGAGACAUUUGUGAAAUAUCAGGAAGAUAUUGACAGCGAGAAAGAGGAGAAAGUCAAAGAAAACCCAUCACACUGGUGGAAAGGAGUGUUUGCUUUCUUCAUAGGAGCACUAGCAGCUGCAGCGGUAGUUAAAAGUGGACUUGAAGGAUGAAGAACAUCUGGAACAACAACAGCAAAUCAAUACCAAAAAACAGCUGGAAAAUAAUUUUUUAUUAAAUUGUCUUCAAUAUUACAGAUUCUAACAAUAAUCGUGAAUUUCUAUAAUAUAUUAUGUAUUUUUCCUAAUUAUUUAUUAGGCUGGACCUAAACAUUUUAUUGCUCAUCAAACAUAACAAGAAUGUAAAAAAAUAUAUAUGAUUUCAGACUAAAAAUAAAGGAAAAAUGUAUUAAUUUUUAUUAAUUUUGCAAUUCUCAUUGUCAGUAAUCAUCAAUUUAAGUAGCUUUCAGCGUGUCAACCAUUUAGAAAUGUAUUUAUUUUAAUGUGCAGUCAUAACUACAAGCUCUCUGUGGGUUUACCUCCCUCAAAAGUGUAAACGCUAUGGCUCUAUGACACUUUUUAUGUUUUAUUUCACGUUUUCUCAUCUAUGGUCCUCGAGUUCCACUUUCCUGCAGAGUUUAGCUAGAAACCUUGACCAAACCUACUGCCAGUAACUUUCUAGUGACCCUGAAAAGCUUGAUGAGCUUGUUCAGGUGUGUUUGAUUAGGACUGGAGCUAAAUUUUGCAGGAAAGUGAACCUCAAGGGCCAGAGUUGAGAAAUACAGAGUUCUGGCAUGAAACUCUAGAUGGCGCAGUCCAAUAGGUCUAACUCAAUCUGACCUAAUGACAUCAUUAUCACAUGGCAC